AUGGCCUGGCACAGGCUCGCCUUGCUGGGCCUGCUCGGGCUCUGCUUGGCCAGCUGCCUCCUGCCUCCUGCGCAGGGCUGUGGCCCAGGCCGGGGGCCGGUGGGACGGAAGCCCUACGCCCGCAAGAACCUGACCCCACUGCAGUACAAGCAGUUUGUGCCCAACGUUGUGGAGCAGACCUUGGGUGCCAGCGGGAAAGCGGAGGGCAAAAUCAGCCGCCACUCCGAACGCUUCAAGGAUCUGGUGCCCAAUUACAAUCCUGACAUCAUCUUUAAGGAUGAAGAGAACACUGGUGCAGACCGGUUGAUGACUGAGCGUUGCAAGGACAGAGUGAACGCCUUGGCUAUUGCGGUGAUGAACAUGUGGCCGGGCACCCGGCUGAGAGUGACAGAGGGCUGGGAUGAAGAUGGGCACCACCUGCCGGACUCCCUGCACUAUGAGGGCCGGGCCCUGGACAUCACGACAUCUGACCGUGACAGGGAGAAGUACGGGAUGCUGGCCCGCCUAGCAGUUGAGGCUGGCUUUGACUGGGUUUACUACGAGUCCAAGGCCCAUAUCCAUGUGUCAGUGAAAGCAGAUAACUCCAUGGCCAUCCAUGCCGGCGGCUGUUUUCCUGGGGACGCAGCAGUGACAUUACCAAGCGGCGAACGGAAAGAUCUUUCGGAGCUUCGCCGUGGGGACUACGUGCUCAGCGUGGACCAGAGUGGGCAGGUGACGCCCAGUGAGGUCCUGCUGUUCCUCGACCGGGACCAGCACCAGCGGACCACCUUCGUGGCCAUUGAGACGGACAGCCCCGUCCACCAGCUGCUCCUCACCCCCUCGCACCUCAUCUUUGCCGCGCAGGAGCCGGCCAACAGCACGGCGGACUUCUCUCCGGUGUUCGCCAGCCGUGUGCGCGUGGGGGACUCGGUGCUGGCACACCGGGCGGGCAGCCCUUGGCUGCACCCUGCCCGGGUCGUCCGUGUCUGGCGGCGGGAGGCCAUCGGGGUGUACGCCCCCUUGACUUCCCACGGCACCAUCCUCGUGAACGGGGUGCUGGCGUCCUGCUAUGCCGUACUCGAGAGCCACUGCUGGGCCCAUCGGGCCUUCACCCCCCUGCGGCUUGUCCACGGCCUCUUCUCACGGUGGCCUCUUAAGGGAGAGGCCAGGAACUGCAGCGCCCAGGAGACGGGAAUGCACUGGUACUCGCGCUUUCUGUACCGGCUGGCAUGGGGCAUGCUGGGCCAGGGCACCCUUCACCCCUAG